UUCUUUUCUUUAUACCUGGCUGGCUGCUACAUGUAUGCAGCAAGCAAGUUAUAAAAAUUUUCCAUGUAAAAAUUUGCAAUCGUUUGUGAAAAAUCCUCAUUUGCUUGGAUGUUUGUCGUAUGUUUAGUGUUAUUAGGAACUGCGGAACGCCAUUGCUAUAGUUUUGGCAAGCAAUGAACUAAUCAACAGCCAGAAUUUGCUUAAACAGAGUUAUAGAGCUUGUGAGGGUUAAAAGAAGAGGGUGUAGUAAAAAUGUUGGAACCGACGGGAAAUCCGACAGAGGUGCAAAAACAACAACAGCAAGAAAUGGACAAAAAUCUGGGUAACGAUGUUAUGUCAGCGGAUACAACCCGGACAACAACGAGCUCCAUCGAGGUGGACUCACAGCAGGUUCGGAACUUGCAUGCUGAACUAAAACGUACCCGGGACGAGUUCAACCAGCAGCGGGCCAAGAUGAAGGAACUCUAUCUGGCCAAAGAAGCGGAGUGCAAACGAUUCGCGCGGGACGCCGCCGUCAUCCGCAAGGAGCUGGACGAAGCCAAAUCGCAACUCACGGUGAUCGAGUACAACAAGGACAAAGACUUGGAGGAUCAGAACCGCCGGGCUCAGGAGGAAAUCCUCACGCUGCAGCAGCUGGUGCAGGAAACGGUCGAAGAGUCCACCUUUAGCCAUGCGGAAAUUCGCCGGUUGGCCGAGGAGAACGAAAAGUUACGGGUGGGACAACAGGAGCUGAAGGAAGCCCUCGUUGCCGCACAUCAGCAGGACACCCCUACGUUGGCACCGGUACUGAACCAGGCCAAAAAGAUUAUCCGCAAACUUGGGGCCGCAGACUCAAGCAGCCACGACAAUCUCGAGGAUUCCAUGCGGAAGGUAAACAAAUAUGCUCAGGAGGAUGCGGAAGUCCUUCGCUCCUUAGUGGUUCCUCUGGAGGAAGAAAUCAAAACGCUUAAGGAAAAGUUGCGUCAAGCUUACGAGGAGAUGGAGAAAAACCGUGGUACCGACAAUCGCAAGGCCCCGGAAUCGGCUCUCGUUGGCAUGCUUAAAGAGGCUGCCAAGAAAGAACCGGUCCCCGAACAGUCACCCGUCAAUAGUGUCUCCACCACAACCACAGAAGAACCUCCAAAGUCGGAACUGGACGGUCAGGCCCCGCUGCCAAACUGUAGAAAAUGUUCCGAAUUGGAAACAACCCUAGUCCAAAGUCAGCAACAGACGGCAACCGAAAAGCAACGCUCCCAGCAGAUGGAGAAAAGUAUCGAUCGAAUGAGAGAGGAGCUGGUCAAGGAGGGUGCGAUGCGAGCCGAUUUGGAGUCGCAGUGGCAGCAGAAGCGUGAAGAUCACAAGGCGGAAGUGCAGCGGCUGAACGAGCAGAGCAUCAAGGCGGAAGCGGAACUGGCCAAGCUGCGCAAAGGCUACGGGCAGCUGAAGCAGAGCGUCAACGACGAGCUGCAGAAGCUGACCGAGGAGCGCGAACAGGUCUACCGACACCUGGAGGUGCUCCAGAAGGACAACGAGUUCCUGUCCGGCCGGUACCUGGACAGCUCGGACAUGCUCAAGGAUCAGGAAAUCAACCUGCCGCAGAGUAUCGACGAACUGCACGAGCUGGUGCUGACGCUGCACGAAAACCUGAUCGUGGCAAAGUCGGGCUGUGAAUUUUCCGAACGGAAAAGUUUGAGCAUGCAGGACGAGGUCACGCUUUUGCGGGAUCAACAACACAGCCGGGAGCGUGAAUUCCGGCGAGCGGAGCGUGAAUAUUCCAAUAAGAUUAGUCAAUUGGAUGAGCAGCUGAGGCAACAGUAUCAACACUAUCAACGGUUAGCCGCCCACAAGGAGGACUUGGAGAAAGCUGAUGCGGAGUCUAAAAGGCAAAUUUCGGAGUUACGGAUGCAAACGAUAGAACUGCAGGCUACCAACGAGAAGCUGGACAAGCAGAACGUGGACCUGAAGAAUAAGAUGAGCGUACUGCAGGAGGACCUGGCCAAUAACGAGGCAGUUCAAAAGGAUUUCGUCAAGCUAUCGCAAUCGCUGCAGAUGCAGCUGGAAAAGAUCCGGUCGGCCGAUACUCAGGUGCGCUGGCAGGACGAAGAGGACAUCGAUCAGUGCCCGAACUGUCGAAAGGAGUUUACCGUCACGAGGAGGAAGCUGCACUGCCGUCACUGUGGCACUAUCUACUGUCAGCAGUGCCUGUGCAAAACGGUUCCAACGGGGCCCAAUCGCCGGACAGCUCGCGUUUGCGACGUGUGCCAUACCUUGCUGGUACAGGACACGGCACCCUACUUCAGCCGGGAACCACCGCAGUCGCCGUAGAUUUAGGUGGCCACCCACUUGUUUAUAGGUAGCGAAAAAUAACAGAAACAUUUAAAAUUUUCUCCGAUUGCAUACCCCUAUGGCUAUUAGUACUGUAUUGUAUUAUGUUUCGAUGGCUUCCGAUUUGAAGCGUUUCUGGCUGUAGGUCUGCAAAACAAUUCGUAAGAGGAAAAAAAACGUUAAAUUUCCUUCCACAAAAUCGGUGUAGUGUUGUGUAUGGUGAAAAAUCGGGAAUAAAAAGGAAAACUUUUGCAAAAAAAAUAAACACGUUCGAAUCAAGUCGUUAAAAAGCAUUGAAUCAUUUUUUCAGCUCCCAAUGUUGUAUAAAUAUAAUUAAAAAAAAGGCCGGAAGGAAAGCAAAAAAUACAUAUUCAAAAACAAUGUUAUUGAGCGGUUCGGUUAAAGAAUUCGGCGAAUUUAAUAUGUAAAGUAAUAAGAGCUGUUCGUUUUAUUCUUUAACAAAACAAAGUUUAGUGUAAAUUUUAGCUCCGCUUUAUCGCAAAAAUAUAUCUUACUAUAUAUAAAAACCGUUAA